AUGGCUUUUACGUAUUAUAUAAUUGUUUCGAUGCAUGCAUGCAGCUACAUGGUGGACAACAUCCCGAUUAGGGUAUUCAACAACUACAUUGCAAACGGAGUGCAAUACCCGACGAGCCAGCCGAUGAAGGUGUACGCCAGCUUAUGGAACGCCGAUGACUGGGCAACACAAGGGGGCCAGGUGAAGACAGACUGGACAAAGGCCCCCUUCACCGCCACUUACAAGAAUUACAAUGCGAACGGAUGCAUUGUUAAUGGAACAACCAAUUCAUGCACUAACAAACCUAGACAGUCGUGGCAAACUAUGGGAUUGGAUGCAAAUGCAAAGAAGAAAAUCCAAACCUUACAACAAAAGUAUAUGAUUUACAACUACUGCACCGAUCUUAAAAGGUUUCCUCAGGGGCUUCCUAGGGAAUGCGGUCUCCCAAAGUUCUAGGCCACCGUACGUAC